ACCCACAAAAGCUAUAAGCGCAUUCAUGAGGCAUGGUGCUCUGAAACUUAUCUUCCUGCGAAGCGUUUGUGUGUGUGUUUUGUUAUUGUUGUGUUAACUAUCUCAGUGAAGUUUACCAGUUAUUUAAUUUAGAUCAUGCCUAAAGUUCGAAGAAGUCGUAAACCUCCACCUGAAGGCUGGGAGUUGAUUGAACCAACUAUUGAUGAAUUAGAACAAAAAAUGAGAGAAGCUGAAACUGAGCCCCAUGAUGGCAAAAGGAAAGUUGAAUCUUUAUGGCCUAUUUUUAGAAUCCACCACCAGAAGUCUAGAUACAUAUAUGAUCUUUUCCACCGACGUAAAGCUAUCAGUAGAGAACUCUAUGAGUAUUGCCUGAAGGAAAACAUAGCUGAUAAAAACCUCAUUGCCAAGUGGAAGAAACAAGGUUAUGAAAACCUCUGUUGCCUCAGAUGCAUUCAGACUAGAGACACUAACUUUGGUACCAAUUGCAUUUGCAGAGUACCAAAGGGGAAACUUGAAGAGGGCAAAAUUGUAGAGUGUGUUCACUGUGGAUGCAGAGGGUGUUCUGGAUAAACUUUUAACUUGAAACAAUUUUUGUAUAUAAUAUUGUUAUUGUAAAUAUUUCAAACCAAUAAAAAUCUUGAAAUUUU